UGUCGUUACCCUCGCUACCACCCGCACAAAACUACCAAGCUGCGGCUAGCACCAGCAACUAUGUUCGCAUCUGAUCAAGCACUAUACAUACUAACUCUCGGCGUUCUGCUUCUGCAUGUCCACGCUGCAUUAUACCAACCGCAUCCGCUACUGUCAAUAUUGCUUAUUUGGCUUUGCUGCACGAUACCUUUUUCCCGUUGGCGUUUUUUGCAUAAUGAGUACGGGCGCGUUCGAAGUCGCGUGCUGGAUGGAGGCGUUGCCAGCUUGGAAGCUGUUGGAUACCAUGUAUGGGGCGGGUCAUAUCUUGGAGCACUGUGCAUUGUUGGCAUACAUGCAUAUCCUGUCUUUAGCGAUUCGAGGCCACUUGUCGGAUACAAUCAGGAGAUUGUAUGGAUAGGUCAAGAUAUGAACAAUAUAAAGUCUCAUGGGCACAUAGCCUCUGCUAAAGUGUAUUACCCUCGAGAUGAAGU